UCUGAACGACAACUAUCCCUCCACUUCUGCAGAGACAGAUCCCGGUUGAACAUUCACGGCCAUCCAACUUGUUUUGGAAAGAUGAGCAAAAACUACAUGUCAAAGAACGAUGAGCUCCGUAAGGGAGACUAUCUCAUGUCCAACAAUGGACAAUGGAAGGCAGUUUUCCAAAAUGAUGGAAACUUUGUCGUCUACGGCUGGAAGCCGACCUGGGCCUCAAAUACUUGCGGAUCUGAUGUGAUCCGCCUGGUCAUGCAGAAAGAUUGCAACCUGGUCAUGUACAAUGAGAAUAACCAGCCUAGAUGGGCCACCGGCACAAACACACCACCAAAAGACGGUUACCACGUUUGCCGUCUUUAUUUGUCCGAUGAGGGCAUACUGCAUUUGUCAGAGGAUAGCCAAGAAUUGUGGAAAUCCACCAAACCCACAGGCAACUAAUAAUGCAACAUUGAA